AGUUACUUCAUCCAGCAAUUGCAACCUGUUGAGGCAGAAGUUUUCUUCACUCUUGAAUGAUAAGGAUAAAGAGGAGCGCUUGCAUUGAGGAUGUAAAUCUACAUCUAAACCCGCGUAUAAUGCAGAACCGGCUUUGGAUCGGGAAUGUUGCGCUUUUGUUUUUACGCACGGCGCAUGGAGAUCUUUCAGGUGCUUCACUGAUCAUUAGGCACCGCCAGGCGUCUGUGUUCGAUCUACCCUGAGAUGAUCGAUAAUUUGAUGCCAGACUGGCUGGAAGUAACGUGACGGUUCAGAUCGCGAUGAAAGCGCUGCUCGUGCUGUGCGCGGCGCUCGCGGGCGCAUGGAGCAGCAGAGACUGUCCCGCGCUGAUGAUUGACAGCUGUCACUGCGCCGCGGAGAGAUCAAAGGAGUUUAACAGGCAGAGCGUGCGCGUGAAGGUUGUGUGUGAUGAUGCGGACCUGACGGAAACCAUGCAACCCGGCUCUUUACCCAACACGACGGUGUCACUGAUCCUGAGCAACAAUAAGAUCUCGGCGCUGAAGAAUAACUCUUUCCUCGGCCUGCGAGCUCUGGAGAGGCUGGAUCUCAGCAGUAAUCUCAUUAGCAGAAUCAGCCCCGGCGCCUUUCAUGACCUGACGGCUCUGAGGAGAUUGGAUCUUUUCCAACAACAGGAUUGGCUGUUUCUCUGCUGAUAUGUUUCUUGAUCUCGGCCGUCUCUCCAAACUGAAUUUGUCUGGGAAUAUCUUUUCCACGCUGCCGGAGGGUUUGUUCACACACGCCCCGUCUCUCAGAGCGCUGCACGUGGGCACAGACUAUCUGCUCUGUGAUUGUCAGCUGCGCUGGUUGUUGUCGUGGAUCAGAUCUCAGGCGGUGCGUGUGGGGAAUUAAUCUGUAUGCGUGUAUCCGGCUCGUCUUCAUGGACUGGAGCUGCGCAGUCUUCAGGAGCAGCAGUUCA